AUGAGGACCACAUACUUGACCUUGGCAGCGUUCCUGCAACUCGCUCGAGCCCAAGAUAGUACAACGACCACUACCGACAUUUAUGCUACUGACAGUGCGACGACAACCGCGACAACUUCACAGGCCAUCACGCAAACCGUCGCUGUUGGUCGUGCCGGCCAUACAUUUGAACCUGAUGUCCUUCAAGUCGGAGUUGGCAAUUAUGUCGCAGAGUUCGAUUUCUACCCUACCAACCACUCGGUCAUCCGAGCAGAAUAUGAGUACCCGUGUGUCCCUUAUGAGUUGACAGGUGUUGAUAAAGUAGGAUUUUUCUCUGGAUUUCAACCGGUCGACGCUAUCCUCGCCGACCCGCCUAAAUGGACAGUCCGGAUCAACGACACCAAUCCCAUUUUCUUCUAUUGCGGCGCUCCCAACUCAUGUAUUGGAUAUCAGAUGGUUGGAGUCAUCAACCCCAAUGCCAGCACCUCUCUCGAAGUCCAGAAACAGUAUGCUGCAAACUCGACAUUUAUGCUACUCCCUGGUGAGGAUUGGCCAGACGAGGCAGAUCCCCUCCCCACCACUUCGUCGGCCUAUCCAGGUCCUACGUCGACGGCCUCAUCAACUGUUCCGCCGACAGGAACGGCCACUCCUGCAGCUACAGAAACCGCAGCACCGAGCGCAUCAAGUCAUACGACCCUAUCAGCAGGAGCCAUAGCAGGCAUCGCCAUUGGUAAUCCAACCCCUCCUAGGCCAUCCAUCCCAUCUUUGACAGAUAAGCUGACCACCCCUACAGGAGGAGCCGCAGUCGUCAUUGCCGCCGCCGCACUGCUCUUCUUCUGCGGACGCAAAUCCCGACGCAACGAGAAGAGCACCCCUCCCGCCGGCCCAACCGUCGCAGCGGUACCGGCUCCACCUGCGUACGUGCCCCCCAACAACUACGGCUACGACUAUCGGGGCAGCUUGCCGCCUCCCACGCAGAACAAGCACAUGUCCGUCACCACCGCACCGCUCCCCAUGACCGACGCCUUCGGCAACCCAACGCCUACCGGCUACAUGCCGGGCCCAUACCCGACGAACUACAUGCCAGGCCAACCGGGCCAUCCCGCACCAAUGCAGCAAAAUCCCCUGAUGGGCGGCCAAUCACCGUGGCCGCAAUCACCGAGUAACGAUAUCUUCGGCGCGGCACCUCCAGCAAUGCAUCAAUCGCCGCACGAGACGCAGCCGUUGGUCCAGGGCACAGAAGCAAACUCCAUGCGUGCUAGCAGUCCGAGCUCCGUGAAUGCAGCGCCGAUCCCAGCCACUGGCGGCAUCGAGGCCUUCCUCCAGCGUCAGGCCCGCAUGAGUCCGGUGCUCGAGAAUGAGUUGCAUGGACAGCAGAGUUCACCGUAA